AUGGCUCCUCUUGUCUGGCUGAUCACAGGAAGUUCCACCGGAUUCGGUGCCGAAUUUGUAAAGGCGCUUCUCGCGGCGGGAGAUAAGGUCAUUGCCACGGCACGCAACACCGCCAGCAUCGAGCAUUAUCAAAAAGCAGGAGCAUCUGUUCUCAAGCUAGACCUGGGCUCAAGCCAGUCCGACUUUGACAAACUGGCUGAGACAGCUAUUGGUCUCCAUGGCGGGGUUGAUGUUGUUGUAAACAACGCUGGAUACCCACACUUCAGCACUGUUGAGGACGAUAGGUAA